GUGUACGCAUCGGGCAUUCGUCCGUAUGAAUUACACUUGGAUGCACAAUACAAGCGGAUAGAAGAGCAAGAGGUUGUUCGUACGAAAUCGGGCUCUGGAAAUUUCUACACACUUGUAGAUAUCUGAGCCGAUCAUACAUUUGAGAAAUGGCGGGUUCGCGACUUUCAGCCGAGGAUUUAGGCGUGGUGGCAGCAUACUUCGUCGUCAUCAUUGGUGUCGGCAUCUUUGCAAUGUAUCGAGCUAACAAAGGGACAGUGAGUGGAUAUUUCCUUGCGGGACGGUCGAUGUGGUUUCUGCCUAUGGCUUGUUCUCUAUUUGUCAGCAACAUUGGAACGGAGCAUUUCAUUGGUCUAGCUGGAUCUGGGGCCGCCUCUGGUAUCAGUGUGGGAGCCUGGGAAUUGAAUGCUCUCUUGUUGCUGCAACUUUUAGGAUGGAUCUUCAUCCCUGUCUACAUUGCUUGUGGGACAUACACUAUGCCGGAGUAUCUGUCAAAGAGAUUUGGAGGGCAGCGAAUACGAGUUUACUUCGCCUUCCUCUCUUUGGUUCUCUACAUCUUCACAAAAUGUUCCGCGGUGCUGUUGACCGGCGCCUUCUUCAUUCAGCAGAGUUUAGACUGGAACCUGUACCUGUGUAUUGUGUUUCUCGUCUUUGUUACAGCCAUACUUACUAUCACAGGAGGACUAACGGCCGUCAUCUACACGGAUACCAUGCAAGCUGUGCUCAUGGUCGGCGGCUCGCUCUAUCUAACGGGGGCAGCAUUCAGUGAAAUCGGAGGUUUCAGCGGCCUUCUCGAAAAAUAUCCUCAAGCAGUUCCUAAGAAUGUGUCAGCCAUUGUCGUGAAUGAGACUUGUCAUUACCCAGACAAACAGGCCUUCAGAAUGUUGAGAGAUGCUGAUGAUGACUAUAUGCCAUGGCUGGGGUUCCUUCUAGGACAGACGCCAGGUUCUAUCUGGUACUGGUGUGCUGAUCAGGUGAUUGUCCAGAGAGCGCUAGCAGCGAGAAGUAUUUCCCACGCCCAGGGUGCCGUGUUGUUGGCUGGGUUCCUCAAGAUUUUGCCCAUGUUCGUCAUGGUGAUGCCGGGCAUGGUGAGCCGCAUUCUCUAUCCAGAUGAGGUAGCUUGCAGUAACCCUGACUACUGUAUGCAGGUGUGUCAGAGUAAAGCAGGCUGCAGCAGUAUAGCUUACCCUCGUCUGGCUCUCGGCAUCAUGCCCAAUGGUGCUCGAGGGUUGAUGAUGGCUGUGAUGAUCGCUGCUCUGAUGAGUGACCUUGACUCCAUCUGGAACAGCGCCAGCACUUUGUUCACCAUCGACAUCUGGAAACGGUUCCGCAAACACGCCAAGGUCACCGAACUCAUGAUCGUUGGAAGAUUGUUCAUUCUUGUGAUGGUCGGUCUCUCCAUUGCCUGGGUUCCCGUGAUCAAGGAGACACAAGGAGGCCAAGUGUUUAUUUAUAUUAACGAGAUUACAAAUUACCUGGCGCCGCCAUUCGCGGCAAUUUUUCUCCUGGCAGUCUUAGUACCCUUCGUCAAUGAAAAGGGUGCCUUCUUUUCGUUGAUGAUUGCAUUAGUCGUGGGCGUGGUGCGCCUGGUGCUGGUGUUCGCCUUCAACAAUGAGACUUACUGCGGCAAGACGGCCGUGGUCAACCUGUCCAUCCUGACCAACUUCCACUACAUGUACUUUGCACUCUUCCUCACUCUGAUCACCACAUUCUUUGCCAUCGUCAUCAGUCUGGCCACCGGAGGCUCGGAGGAUAAAUAUCUGAUUCGAACGACCUACUGGACUCGUCAUGAUAAACGCAAACCGGAGCAUAUUCUGGAAGCAGAACUGGAAGCUGUCGGCCAUUCCACGACUACUGUCGACACGAAGGACACUGUGGACAUCGCAAUCGUUGACAGUAAGACAGUGAACGAUGAACACGAGAUGAAAGAGAGGAACGUGUUCAGAGAUCCCGAGCUUGACAACAGUUAUCCCAGUACAAGUAUAGUGAACGGACUUUUAUCCACUCCCGGAGGAGCUUCUGUUGUUAAAGGUAUAUUCACUUCUCUCCCCAACCUGUGGUUUCACGCACAGUUUCAUGCACAGUUUCAUGCACUCUUGUUCUAUAGGCCAUUGUUGCAUGGGGUAAAUGAAGAUCCCGAUCUGAUUGGUCAAUUUCAGCAUAUGCACUUUUUCCCAGUUAUGUUCUGUUAUAUCUCCCUAUCAUUCCAUCUGAAUGAAGAUGAUAGGCCGUUGUGCACGUUUUAUGAAUUUCUAAGAUUUUACACAUUUCCUGGAAUAAGCGUGAUAUGAAGCAUUUUUGGUACACCAAAUCUUGAAAAGAAUACCGGGCUCGGUGGUAUCGUGGUUAAGCCAUCAGACAUAAGGCUGGCAGGUACUGGGUUCGCAGCCUGGUACCGGCUUCCACCCAGAGCAAGUUUUAAUGACUCAAUGGUAGGAGUAAGAUAACUACAUCCUCCACCAACUAACCCACUGUCCUGGAGACAAACAGCCCAGAUAUCUGAGAGGUGUGCCCAGGACAGCAUGCAUGAACCUUAAUUGGAUAUAAGCACAAAAAUAAGUUGAAAUGAAAAGAAUUUACAGAUCAAAACUUGAGCAACAGUUUUUGCCUCUUGGUAUGGAAUAGGAUAUGCUUCUAUCAAUUUUGUGAAGUAAUUUCCCACAAGAAGAAUAUAUUUGUUCUCUCUAGUGAGGUCCGUGGUCUAGCGGAUAAGCUGUUGGACAAUCAAGCUGACGACAGUAGUUUGAAUCCCGUCAAAGCUGGCUCACACUUUCAUUCAUCUUUCUCAUUUAUCACCCUCUGCCUGUCAUUAUCUUAAUAUGAAAAACUUUCCAAUUCCUCCCACAAUUGCAGUCUGUUUCUACCUUUCUGUCAAUUUCCUCUGACUUUGUCUUCUGAGCUGUCCACACGAUCACCUACCUGUUUCAACUUCCUCCACGGGUGCAGUCUCUGUGUCCUUCCCUGCACCCACCUGGCAUCCUCGUCCUCUGCGGCUAAUAAAGCUGGUCUUACUCACGGCACCAACUAACGACCGCCGGUAGUAGGGGAGCAUACAUAUAGAUGGUAGUUAUAAGUGCCUCUUAGCAAUGCCAGAAGUAACCACUGAACACUCUCCGAAGUGGUCAGGCUAUGUGGCACGGAUAGCCACAAUAGACAAGCACCCAUCACGGUUGGAGAGACAAGGACUGUGAUGUAGAGGUUGACCAUGAAAGAAGUUGAAAGACAGGAGUAGUUGCCAGAUUGGGGGAAAAAUUAGGUGGAAUUCAAAUGAAAGAAGAGAAAGAAAGCUGCAUGAUCUACCAUAACUGUUUUAUGGUGGGAUAAAAAAAAAUAAAAAAAAUUGUUCUCCGUCAGUUUUUGGAAAUGGACCAGUUAUAUCUACUAACAUUUUCUCCAUAUAGAUUCUCCUAACAAUACAUUUAUUAUAGGAGUGCUACUACAGGAUAUGGACGCUUUUCUCAUUUCACAAGUUUUGUGACACCCAAUAGCCGAUGUGCAUUUUUGUUCUGGGGUGUCGUUAAACAUUGAUUCAUUCAUUCACACGUUUGACAUUUUCGUACCCAUCGAAUUACAUCACAAUGCAUUCCUACCCAAUAAAAAACUUUUGCAGUAUCUUAUUUAACAUUUUAUUUAUACCAAAAUUUUCUUCUGCAAGGGAAUCAUGGGACUGUUGUAAUUCUAUAGUGAUGUUCCAAUGAUCAAUUAUAAUAAAAAAAGUGAUUGGUUUAGGCUUUACCGAUGUAAUGAUUGAUUAUAAAAGUCCUUAAUCGAUUGUGUGCUGAAAAUGUUAACUGAAAUUAUUCCUUCAGUUUAGAAGAACGAAAUGUUUUAUUUAAUGACACACUCAACACAUUUUAUUUUCGGUUACAUGG